UCAUUCUCGGUGUGAAAAGAAGAACCCUCGGUCAUGUUCGCGGCUGUAGAUCGGCGCUGCGUUAUGAAUCAUAUGACUGAAAGAAUUCACAAACUUCCUGUUCGAGCACAACAGAGUGAAAGCAAGAGAAGGACUGGGUGCCUAGUCAAAGCAAAGGCACCGAGAAAAGCGUCUUGCUGGAGACAAUGUGCAUAAGCUGCAGAGAAUGGACGAGCUGAUAGGAGACAGGAGAGUUGAGGACAAGAGGAGCUUGAUAAAGACGCCAUCUAAUGUCCAGAGCCACAACCAAGAACAUGAUUCUCCAACGUCCACACAUCAGAUCCGGUCCGUCCAGCACGGUGCUCCAUGUUUCGUCUACACCCUGGCUUUUUUCUCGGCGCUGGGAGGAUUCCUGUUUGGCUAUGAUACAGGGGUGGUGUCUGGAGCCAUGCUCCUGCUCAAGAGGGAGAUGAACCUCAGCUCUUUAUGGCAGGAGCUGCUGGUGUCCACCACUGUUGGAGCCGCGGCCGUUUCCUCUCUGGCUGGUGGGUAUCUCAACGGGCUCUUUGGACGGAGAAUCUGUAUACUGAUUGCUAGCUUUAUCUUCUCUGUUGGAGGAAUCAUCUUGGGCGUCGCACACAACAAAGAGGUUCUUCUGUGUGGAAGGCUUACGGUUGGACUUGGGAUAGGAAUUGCAUCUAUGACCGUGCCUGUCUACAUCGCUGAGGUUUCACCUUCUGAACUCCGUGGUCAGCUGGUCACCAUUAACACUCUGUUUAUCACCGGUGGGCAGUUCAUCGCUAGCGUGGUGGAUGGGGCCUUUAGCUACCUGCCCCGUGAUGGCUGGAGGUAUAUGUUGGGUUUGUCAGUUGUUCCUGCUGCGCUGCAGUUCCUGGGUUUCCUCUUCCUCCCAGAGAGUCCUCGGUGGCUCUUGCAGAAAGGAGAUACCCAGAAGGCUCGGCUGGUACUCAGUCGAAUCCGCGGCGGUGUGAAUGUGGAUGAAGAGUAUGAAAGCAUACGGAGCAGCAUCGAGGAGGAGAAGAUUGAUGCUGGUGAUGGUCCAGUGUUGUGGCGUAUCCUGACGUUUGCUCCAGCACGUCGUGCUCUGAUCGUGGGUUGUGGCCUACAGAUGUUCCAGCAGCUCUCAGGAAUCAACACGGUCAUGUACUACAGCGCCACUAUAUUGCAGAUGUCUGGAGUACAGGAUGAUCAGAUGGCCAUCUGGCUGGCUGCUGCUACAGCCUUUACCAACUUCCUGUUUACUCUAGUUGGCGUAUGGCUCGUGGAGAGGGUGGGCCGCAGGAAACUGACUCUGGGCAGCAUACUAGGUACUGCUGUAAGUUUGAUGGUUCUCGCUGCGGGUUUCCUGCUCUCGGCUCAGGCCUCUCCACCCGUGACCUUUCACCCCAAUGACCCCUCCCUCCACAACUCCACCUGCAUUACAUAUGGGUUCUGUGAACCCUGCAUGUUGAAUCCAGAUUGUGGUUUCUGUUACGGUAAGAAUGGCACAGCCGUGGUUGAGUCCUCAUGUAUGCCUGUGGACGCAGCCAACACUGAGGCAGCUGCAGCAGGCAGGUGUUCCAAUGGCACACAGGAGAGUUUAGGUGUAUUCUGGGCCUAUAACUACUGCCCAACAUCGUACUCCUGGAUUGUUCUUCUGGGUCUCAUUCUGUAUCUGGCCUUCUUUGCACCAGGUAUGGGUCCUAUGCCGUGGACAGUGAACUCUGAGAUCUAUCCGCUGUGGGCUCGGAGCACAGGGAACGCCUGCUCUGCCGGGGUCAACUGGAUCUGUAACGUCCUCGUGUCUCUGACCUUCCUCCACGUGGCCCAGUACCUGACAUACUACGGUGCCUUCUUCCUGUACUCGGGCCUGGCUCUGCUGGGCUUUGUGUUUGUGGUGGGCUGUCUGCCGGAGACCAAGGGUCUGCGUCUGGAGGAGAUCGAGUCUUUGUUCGGGAGACAGCUGUGCAGCUGCGGAGCCGGCGACAAUCAGAGCGUUCACUACAUCCGGCCCCGUCUGGAGUUGGGAGCUUUGCAUUGUGCAACUUUGGAACCAGAGGGCACAAUUUCCUACAUAUCAGUGAGUAUCAGUGAAAUGAGGUUGUGUAUAUCCACACUGCAAAUAAGAUUAAAGAAGAAGUCCACCUCCAGAACAACAAUUUACAGAUAAUGUAGUCACCCCCAUGUUAUUCAAGAUGUUCAUGUCUUUCUUUCUUCAGUCGUAAAGAAAUUAUGGUUUUGAGGAAAACAUUUCAGGGUUUUUCUCCAUAUAAUGGACUGAUAUGGUGCCCCGUGUUUAAACUUCCAAAAUACAGUUUAAAUGCAGUUUCAAAUGAUCCUAAAUGCGGUUGCAAACGAUCCCAGCCGAGGAAGAAGGGUCUUAUCUUAUUCAUAAAAAUAAUACGAUUUAUAUACUUUUUAAUGUCAUGUUCUCUCUCAACUUCAAAAUCGUCCUAUAUCACUGUUUUACCUUUUUUGUUAAGGGUGUUUGAUCUUCUUUGCAUGUUCACUUUGCAAAGACUGGGUCGGUACUUCUGCAGCGAUGUAGGAUGAUUUUGAAAUGAUUUUUGAAGUUUUUUUUAAGUAAGCUUGGGGCACCAUAGCAGAAAAAUGCUGAAACGUUUUCCUCGAAAACCAUAAUUUCUUUAUGACUGAAGAAAGAAAGGGGGUGAGUACAUUAUCUUGUUCUGGAAGUGGACUUAUUCUUUAAACACAGCUUUAUCAUUUGUUUCUCUUGUAACUGAAAGAUUUUAGUAUAGAGCUUCAGUCUACUUAAUGUUAUGUGGAAAAAAAAAGAAUCUCACAUACGAGAUCAGAUCAACUCAAAUGCUUUUAUUACAUUUCUUUCUCUCUCUGUGCUGUAGUUGCAGUAAUGAUGACCUUGUUUGUGGACUUGAAGAUUCAUUCAUACUCAAACUGUAGGAUCAUAGCUGUAGCUUCAUUUCUUUCCUUUUUCUGGAACUACACUCUUAACAGGUUUUAGUACCUAUAGCUUUUUGCCAUUUCCAAACCAAAAGUUUGUAUACAGUUUUUGUUUUUUUUGUUUUUUUUUUCUUCUCUUCAAGAAUCAUGCUGUUCAUUAUCAAAAGCAAAAGUAUGUUUUGUUACAUGCAUCAAAUUAGAUGAACUUGUUUCUUUUGAUUCCGGUGUUCUCAAUAUUAAACUGAAACACAAGAUACUCACUGUCAAUCAUUGAGGCAGAUUAGCCAUAUUUUAAUAUUUAGGUAUUGUUCCUGAGAACUCUAUGAAGUUGAAAUUGCUGCUGAAAACUGUGCAAUUCUGCAUUUGUACCAUUGUAUCAUUUUUUUUAGAUGAAUAAAUGUUUCUAAGU